AUGAUGAGCGCGUUCUACCGCAAGGCCGUGAGCGAGGACGACGGCGGUGAGACGGCGACUGGCUACCGACACAAGAUGUCGCCGCGCCGUUCGUUCAUGAUCGCUGACAUUCUGACGGCGCCACCUGGGACACCGCUAGCCGACUCCCCGCUCUGCCUGGGCCCGUCUCCCAUGCACGUCCGCGGAUCAGCCUCGCAAGGCGGUGCGACCAGUGGACCGACUUGCCUGCAGACGCCGCCGCUUGGUCCAAUAUACUCUCAGGGAUCGGCCGUGGCGGCAUUCCUUCCGGCCGCUCAUUUCAUCGGCAAGUCCAUCGAGCAAGGGUCCUUCCUUCUGUCGCCAGGUGAGUGGAGCGUGACGUCCAAGAGCAGCUGCGGCGUGACCUACUUGGCACCACUCCAACACUGCCGUCGCCGCAAGGCGCGCACCGUGUUCAGCGACCAGCAACUGCACGGACUAGAAAAGCGUUUCGAGGCGCAGCGCUACCUCUCCACUCCGGAGCGCCUUGAGCUGGCCACCGCGCUCAGCCUGUCCGAGACGCAGGUUAAAACGUGGUUCCAGAACCGGCGCAUGAAGCACAAGAAGCAGAUGCGCAAGGUGGGCGAGGACAGUUCCUCGACAGCGGUGGCGACAAGGCACGCCCUGACGGACGACUCGAACCCGGGAUCCUGCGGCUCAGACCUGGACGGCGAGCUGGACGUCGUCGGAGACGGUGGCGCGGCGCGGUAG